GACCCCUGAGACUUGCCGAAAUUUUUCAUUCGAGUCCUCGUGAUCCAUCCUCCCCGACAGAUCGAUCCAAUUCGCAUCAUCGCAUCACACACCUCCUCCUCCUCCUCCUCCCCCCGCGCCGCCGUCAUCCGCGGCCUUACCGGCGACCGACGCGGCCGCCGCGUCGCCCUCCCGCCGCCGCCGCCGCCGCCUCCGACGACGGGUUUCCAAACGGAUCCGGUGGAAUUCCAUCCCUCUCGAGCUUAGCGAGGGGGGAGAGAGAAGAGGAAGAAAGUGAGGGGAAAAAAGCUUCACAAGAAUACGCGCACCACGCAUGGGGAUCCGAGUCGGGAGGUAGACGGAGGGGCGAGAUCCGGCGAGGCGGAGAGCGGGAGGGGAUUGUCGCGUGGUUUUUGGUUGCUCCCCCCUACCGCCAGCUCCGGCGAUCCCGACCACCCACCGGCGACGAUGAGCGGCGGCGGCGGAGGAGGCGGAGGCGGAGGAGGAGGAAGCCCCAACAACACGGAAUGGCGCUUCAACCAGACGCUCCGCAACGUGCAAGGAAUGCUCAAAGGGCGGAGCUUUCCUGGGAAGGUCUUGCUGACCCGAAGAUCAGAACCUCUUUCACCUCCUGAAUACUCCCCGCGCUAUGAGAAUGAUCGUGAUGAAUACGAACAGAAUGAAGGCUCACAAGAAGGAAAAGGGCAAGCAUCUGGAAACACAGCUGAUAGUAUGAGUGCAAAGAAAUCAAAUCCUCCAUCAACAAGUAGCACCAAUUCAUUACCAGAUGCCCAAGGAUUAGUUUCUGGGGCUAGAGCUACAGAUUCUGCACGAAUUGCUAAAUUCACGAACGAACUAUCUAGGCCAGCUGUUAUAUUAGACAAGUUGCGGGAACUGUCUUGGAGUGGUGUUCCACCUUAUAUGCGACCUAAUAUAUGGAGACUUCUUCUGGGAUAUGCACCACCUAAUGCAGAUAGAAGAGAAGGUGUUCUGACGAGGAAAAGACUUGAGUACGUUGAAUGUGUUUCUCAAUACUAUGAUAUUCCUGAUACUGAACGCUCUGAUGAAGAGAUUAAUAUGCUUCGACAGAUUGCUGUUGAUUGCCCAAGAACUGUGCCAGAUGUUACCUUUUUCCAGCACCCUCAAAUUCAGAAAUCUCUGGAGCGCAUUUUGUAUACAUGGGCCAUCCGUCAUCCAGCAAGUGGUUAUGUUCAAGGAAUAAACGACCUUCUUACACCAUUCUUGGUCGUAUUCUUAUCAGAGCAUCUAGAGGGCAACAUGGACACCUGGUCCAUGGAAAAGCUUUCUCCACAGGAUGUUUCUAAUAUUGAAGCGGACUGUUAUUGGUGUCUUUCAAAGUUUCUCGAUGGUAUGCAAGACCAUUACACCUUUGCUCAACCAGGAAUUCAGCGCCUUGUUUUCAGGUUGAAAGAACUUGUUCAUCGUAUAGAUGAACCUGUGUCAAAGCACAUGGAGGAACAAGGAUUGGACUUUCUUCAGUUUGCGUUUCGUUGGUUCAAUUGUCUUAUGAUUCGUGAGAUUCCUUUUCAUCUUGUAACACGCUUGUGGGAUACCUACCUUGCUGAAGGCGAUUAUCUACCGGAUUUUCUUGUAUAUAUAUCAGCUAGCUUUUUGUUAACGUGGUCAGACAAGCUGAAGAAACUUGAUUUUCAAGAGAUGGUCAUGUUCCUUCAGCACCUUCCGACGAGGAACUGGGCUCACCAUGAGCUUGAGAUGGUGCUCUCCAGGGCUUACAUGUGGCACACAAUGUUCAAAAGCUCGCCAAGUCACCUCGCCAGCUAGGAUACCCGAUAAUCAUAUCUGUAAUCUAUGACCUGAUUUUGAUGUACUCUAGACUUGUCCCCUUUGGGGAAGGAACCAUGAGGAGACUUCUUUUGUUUUCAGUGCAUACUAUCAAUUGUAACACUACCCCCAAUCUGUAUAUUUUACUUACAGAUUAUUAUCAAUGAUGAUGAAUAGAUGGCAUUCAAUUUGUGUAUUAA